AUUCUGAACUUCCUGCCAAAUAGUUGUCCCUAACAACCCAAGAGCUUCAGUAUAGUGUAAGUUUUCAGGCCGGGGAAUAUUUUAGCGGUUCUUAGCGGAACUCGACUCGACCGACUCAGUACGAUGAUCAAAGGUGGGACCUGCUUCAUCCAGACCCACUUUAUCUCAGGAACCCAUCCUGCAGAGAUGGGCCUGCACAGGGCCAGGAGCAGCACUAGAGCGUGAGCAACAGGACACAUCAGGAGACACAGUGCCGUCCUCAGACACACCUCAUGGAGGAGACACAGGAGGCGCCAGAGCUCCCGGCGAAGAAAGCGAGGCAUGACCCGGAAGCCAGUCAGGCAGAAGAUCCAAGAAGCACGGUUGCUCACGACAACAGGCCAGGUGUGUUAGGCUCCGAGGUCUCUACUUACCCUCCAUCAUCUGCUGCUCACCUAGAUUCUGUUCCUGGGAAUCCACAACCCUCAAAUCAACAUGUAUCAGGCUGUGACUCGAACCGUUCAUAUACUAAAGUAGAGACAUGCAAAGAUCUCACAGCUGCAGACUCUGAAUAUACCUCACAGAUCUACCAAGAAAACAGCCCUGCAGUUACUGCGUACGACAGCCAGGUGGCGUUUUCUUCUCUGGGUCAGUCAGCAGCGUACAGCACCUUCAGCCAGACAGGCCAAACCUAUGGCCUGCCUCCAUUUGGUGCCAUGUGGCCGGGCAUUAAGAGCGAGCCCCGGCUGCAGGACGUGUCCGCUGCUGGCCAGACGCCGUUUCUCAGCUUCAGCACCGCUUAUACUUCAACUCAGCCAUGCCAGACGCACUAUUCGUACCCCAGCCAAGGUUCCUGCUUUACCACGUCCGGUAUGUACUCCAGCAUCCCCACAGCCCCCGCUGUCACCACAGCCACCGCUACGCAUCAAGAUUUCACCAGCUAUAACUCACUGGGACAGAACCAGUUCUCCCAGUAUUAUGUCCCCCCCAACAGUUACCUCCCACCUGCACCACCCAGCAGCGAAGAGGAUGGAGACGCCGUCGCAGUGCCGCCUUACACCCCGGUAAAGAACGAGACAAGUGCCUCCACAGGACUUCCCAGCUCUACAGCUGCGUCUCCAGCCAACGUGAACCUCCCCACAGGUGCGGCUCAGGAAGACGCCGCUCACAGAAACCCGCCCCCCAAAGCAAAAGGCAAAGGAAAGAAAUCCGAAAGCGGCCAAUCUGCAGACAACGACCUGGAGCGAAUCUUCUUGUGGGAUCUGGAUGAAACCAUCAUCAUCUUCCACUCCCUUCUCACAGGGUCGUUUGCACAAAAGUUUGGCAAGGAUCCAGCCACGGUGCUGAAUUUGGGUCUGCAGAUGGAGGAGCUGAUCUUUGAGCUAGCAGACACUCAUCUGUUCUUCAAUGAUCUGGAGGAGUGUGACCAAGUCCACGUUGAAGACGUGUCCUCUGAUGACAACGGACAAGAUUUGAGCAACUAUAAUUUUGGAAACGAUGGGUUCAGUGGAACGGCUGGAGCAGGAGGGCAAAACUCCAACCCAGCAGUGCAAGGUGGAGUGGACUGGAUGCGCAAACUGGCCUUUCGGUACCGCCGCCUGAAAGAGAUCUACAACGGAUACAAAGGGAAUGUAGGAGCUCUGCUGAGUCCCCUGAAGAGGGAGCUGCUGCUGCGAGUGCGCAGUGACAUCGAGACCGUGACAGACAGCUGGCUCAGCACCGCCGUCAAAUCCCUCCUGCUGAUCCAGUCCAGGGGCAGAUGUAUGAAUAUUCUUGUCACCACCACUCAGCUGGUUCCUGCUCUAGCUAAAGUGCUUCUGUACGGCCUCGGGGAUGUUUUUCCCAUCGAUAACAUCUACAGCGCCACCAAGAUCGGAAAGGAAAGCUGCUUUGAGCGCAUCGUGUCACGUUUUGGAAAGAAGGUGACCUACGUGGUUAUAGGAGACGGCCGGGAGGAGGAGUUUGCAGCCAAACAGCACAACAUGCCGUUCUGGCGCAUCUCUUCUCACGGUGACCUGGUGUCUCUACACCAAGCUCUGGAGCUGGACUUCUUAUAGAGCGCACAAUCCCAGACUCGCACACACACACACACACACACACACACACACACACACACAAACACACCUCAUUACAAACACCUGAUGAGGCAAGAAAAUAGAGGAGUUUGAGCCUACAGGAAAUCCUUCCACUACCUUUAAGGCAGCUAAAAUCCCCGGGCACGAUCCUGGCACUGCGAUACAAUCUUCAGAUCUACAUGACGAUGGCGAGAAUGAUAGGAACAUGGGCCCCCGGUACUGCCAGCCCACCACUAAAGCACUGCGUGUUCACGAGCUUCUCUGUUCAAACUGGAUUCACCAAAGUAAAGACCAAAGCUCUGCACUGGCAUUGAAUUUUGGAAUUUUUUUUCUUACUUUUUAAAAAAAAUCUUAUUCUCUAGUUUGUUGGACCUGAUCCUUUUUUUUCUUUCCUUUUUCUGUUUUGCACUCAUCGAGGACUGGAGCAGCGUCAGAGCCUGAAUUCGAAUAUGGAAUAGCAGAUCGAUUUUUCUCUGACCUUUUUAUUACUUUACAGAUUUUUUCAGUGCAUUUACAUUUUAUCAAAACGAAGAACGUCCACUAGUGUGAAGCGACUCGGCAAUUCUGCACGACUACAUUCAUACGAGUCAUACAACAGAACCCAUCCGACUGGUAGCAUUUUGUAUUCUGUUCUUAUUGCAUGUUUUUUUAUCACUCUCUCUGAAUUCAGGAUGGGGGAUGCGAUCUUUUUUUUUUUUUUUUUUUUUUUACAUUUGACUUCUCACGGUACCCGGUUUGUUUCCUGCAUGGUGUACACAUGCCACUUGUUUAUAACCCCAUGGAUUAUUAUCUGUGGAUCCUUCAAUGUUUAUCAGUUUAAUCCAAAUUAAACCCUCAUCUCAUUUGCCAUAAAAUAUAAGGAUUGUGAUCAUUCGAGUCCGUCACGUAACGAGAGUGAGACAGGAAAGAGUCCAACUGAAAUUUUUUUUUUUUUUUGUUAGACAAUUAAACGUUUUCUUUGCAGCUUUGGUUAUACACCAUCAGGUGCAACUUAAGGCCGCAUCUGUUUUUUGUUCUGUAUAGAAAGUCACCAGAUGGUGAUUAAAACAAAAGAGUUUUCAGAGAAAGAUCAACACCACAUCCUGACAUGUUUUUAUUUCCCACGUGCCUCAGCUAGUCUGCCGACCGUAACACUCUGCUUAGAGUUCAACUUUCGGGAAUAAAACCGGAGACUCCUCCUGACAACAUUUUAGUUAAAGUCUCCUCGAAAAAAAAAAUAAAAUGACGUCGCUCAAGGCUAUUAUCAGAACCGCCAUUAAAGGAAAUUCAAAACCAAUCAGAAUGGAGAAUUCCGUUCCAUUGAUCUUGUGAAGAAGAAUCAAAGCUCGUUAACAGCAUUGUACAGAAUUCAGCGUCUGCUCUGAGACUUGUAUUAUAAUUCGAUUUCAAGUUUUUCCUGUUUUUGUUUUUGUCGAUUUCAGGCAGACGAAAGGUUCUGAGUUGUUUGUUCGAGGUGUGACUGUGUAAUGAGGCGUUAAAAAAAAAAAAGUUUGAAAUACAUUCGAAGUAUCGCUACACGUGAAAAGUGGGCCGAGCUCUAAAGCUUUCCCGCAAGAGCUGACCUGCUCAGUCACUUCCUUUCUCUACGCCUCAGUGUUUCAUCGUUUUCAGAUUUACGUGUAUUAAAAAAAAACAUGGAAAGACCGAACAAGUACAUGAAACCGGAAUAUACGUCUCUAGUCACCUUGGGGUCGGUCAGUGUUACAAACCUACUCAUUAUGUCUUUCAUUAUAUCACGAUACCGAGUUUAUAUGUAUUAGUGUAUAUAGUAAUGUACGGGCCAGCCUUACGUAUCGUAACUCGUGAAAAAAAAAAAAAAAAACACGGUUUGGGAGAAGGAAACUGUGCAAUAUGUUACUUGGUCAGUGAUGGACAAAAAAGAGGAGGACGCAAAUUCCUGGACGUUUUUUGGAGCUGCGAGAUUCGACUGAACCGUCUGAAGAAGAUAAAGAAAAAUCCCCAUGCAUUUUCACACAAGCAGCUUCGACUGAAAGACGAAUGUGGACUUUUUUUUUUCUUCUGUACUUAUUUAUAUUGUGCCUUUUGACUAUAAUCCUUUACAGUGUAUCAUCUUAAAGGGAUUUGCUGUAAUAAUGCAAAAUUUUUUUUUGUUUGUGUUUCGUCAGUAAAUAGAUGUAUUUCGUG